AUGGAUGAUUUGGUUCUUACAGGAAACAACUUGGCUGAGAUUUACUGUAUGAAGUCACUUCUACAUAAGUUUGGGGGAUCUCAAAUUUUUCCUUUGGUCUUGAGAUGUCUCGAUCUUCCAAGGGGAUUGCCUUGUAUCAAAGAAAAAUAUUCUUUAGAGCUUCUUCAAGUUACAGUAAGUUGCCAAAACCUUUUUUAUAUUUAUUUAAACCCCCUCUACACUGGAAAAUUGUUUAGAGGCAGAGCAGAGACAAGAAAUCCAAUCCAGGGCAAUUCAGAGUUAACGAAGCUGGAGAUUCACAACGACCAACCGGAGCAGCAGCAGCAAUGGCUCAAUUUCAACGGAGACCCUUAUCCUCAUCCUCCUCCUCCCCAUGAUCACCACCUUCCUCGUCUUCCCCGCAAACGCCCUUGGCAGCAGCACUCCAACCCAGGAUUCCCUCCUCCUGAUCAAGCUGAUGGUCAUGUAAAAGUUUAUGUUGCCCCAGUUCCGAGAACAGCAACCGAGGCUGAUGUCCGCAUUGUGUUCCAAGGAUUUGGAAAUAUUGUGGAGGUUGUUCUCUUAAAGGACAAGAGAACUGGUAUGCGACAAGGAAGUUGUUUUGUGAAAUACUCAACAUUCAGUGAAGCUGACCGGGCUAUUAAGGCUUUAAACAAUCAGUAUACAUUUCUUGGGGAAUCAUGUCCUGUUGUUGUCAGAUUUGCUGAUCGACGUGAGCGUCUUGGGGUUCGAGGUCCCUGCCGAAACUUGGAAAAGAAAGACCCUUCAGAAGAGGCGGUACUGGUGGAUAAAGUUUUUGUUAAUAAUAUCAACAGAGAAGCUUCAUCUAAAGAAAUUGAAGAAAUAUUUUCACCUUAUGGGCAUGUUGAAGAUGUCUUCAUUGCGACAAAUCGUGGAUAUGCUUUUGUCAAAUUUUCUAAUAGAGAAAUGGCGCUGGCAGCGAUCAAAGGGUUGAAUAGAACAUACACGAUGAGAGGUUGUGAUCUUCCAUUUAUUGUUCGUUUUGCGGAACCUAAGAAACCCAAGACUGGAGAAUCAAGGGGCAACUAUGUAUCUGGGAAUGCAAAUUUUGGUCCUUGUUCACAAGAAUCAGUAGCUUGGCCACUGCCAAAUUUUGGUGAUCCCAAUACUGGAGGGAAUAUUAUGCCUAUUGCCCCACAUCAUUCCACAGUUCUACACCCGCAAGUUGCUUCUAAUAUGCCAAACUGGCAACCUGGCCCUACUGUGGCACAACAGCCUUUUCUUCCCCAACAAGCACAUUCACAGUUGGCUUCAAUGCCUUUGCAGUCAAUUCAAGCUCCAAACUUCCCUUCUCAACCAUUUAUUACUGAGGUGCAGCGACAGUCUCAUUCAACAGAUUCAUCAAUUCAAAAUAUAGAGCAGCAGCUAAGUUCUCAGCUGCCCAAUCAGAUUGGAAGCAAUCCUAAUACAGUUGCCGGAAGUAUCUCACCUGAUCUGCCUACAAGUCCCCAGGAUGAAGAAUUUCCAGAGUGUGACUGGAGUGAACACUACUGCCCUGAUGGUGAUAAGUACUACUACAAUAGUGUCACUUGCGAAAGCAAAUGGGAGAAGCCGGAGGAGUAUGCCUUAUAUGAGAAAGAAUCACAGAAACAGCAGGAACAGAAAGAUAAAAGCUGUCUUUUCGCAAAAUUGUCAUUGUCUUCCUCUCAAGAAGUUGCUUAUAGACAACAGGAAACAAAUCAUGAUCACUGGCGGUCGGAAACAAGUCUUGUUGCUGGAUAGGUGUGAUGUUAUUUUUCUUGUUGGGCUACUGAAGUCACAUAUUCUUAACAAUUAUUAUUAUUAUUAUGAUAAGUGGCCUAACCUAAUGUUUCUUAGAGGCUUUGCAUUUCUUAUUACUUCAAUGGCCGUUACUAAUCUGUAACUGGGGAAUUUGCUGAAUUUCUGAUUGAAACUUAGUAAUUAUAUUAGGAAAUAGAAGACCUAUUUGCAAUCAGAGAUAACCCUCAGUCCACCUCAAAUUCAUAAGAAAGUAAGAAACUAAGAAUGGAGAUUCUGUUCUACA